GCCUUGUUGUGAUGAUGCCAUCAACACCGUACAGCUGAGUGCCAACGUUUCAUCAGCAGCAAUGUCUACCUAUGUCCUGGGUGUAGAUGUGGGCACCACGUCGGUAAAAGCCGUUUUAUUUGAAACUGGCUCCAGAUCGGUGGCUGCGAGUCACGCUUUGCCUACUGAGUCUGAUAUAAUCGAUCAUAACUUGAUAAAGGCGAAAGAGCAGGAAAGUGGCCGGAUCAUAGACACUCUGAACCGGUGCCUCGGCCUGCUGCCCAGAGACAAACUCCAGCAUGUCAUCCGCAUCGGGCUGUCCGGACAGAUGCACGGAGUUCUAUUCUGGAAAGCAAAGAGCGGUUGUGAUUGGUCCAAGAGGGAUUUCUUCACAACCACAGACACCAUUCAGCUGAUCACCUGGCAGGAUGGGCGCUGCAGCAGUCACUUCCUGUCCUCACUUCCAAAACCAGAUUCACAUGUCAGCGUGGCCACUGGGUUCGGCUGCGCAACAAUCUUCUGGUACAUGAGACACAGGCCUGAGGUCCUUGAGGACUUCACAGUCGCAGGUACCAUCCAGGACUAUGUGGUUUCCAUGCUGUGUGGUUUGGAUGGGUGUGUGAUGACGCCGCAGAAUGCAGCCAGCUGGGGCUUCUUCAACACCUCCUCCAACCAGUGGAACAUAGACAUUCUGAAGGGUGCCGGCUUCCCUUUGCACCUGCUUCCUCAGUGUGUGCCAUCUGGUGGCUUGGCGGGACAGACGUGCUCUGACUGGCAUGGUAUCCCUGCUGGUACGCCAGUAGGGGCCGCCCUGGGAGACUUCCAGAGCUCCGUCUACUCCUGCAUGAGUGCGCAAACAGAUGCAGUUCUUAACAUAAGCACUUCAGCCCAGCUGACCUUCGCCAUGCCAGCUGACUUCAAACCUCCAGAUUCUCCUCAGCCUGCCUCCUCCAUCUCCUACUUCCCCUACUUUGAGGACUCGUACUUGGCGGUGGCUGCUUCACUCAACGGAGGGAAUGCACUGGCCACUUUUGUGGAGAUGCUCACUUCCUGGAUGAAAGAGCUCGGUGCGGAGAUGAGUGAUUCCUGUUUAUAUGAGAAGCUGAUUCAUAGCGCCCUGAAUCAGGAAACGAGCGACCUGAGGGUGAGUCCCACUAUCCUGGGAGAGAGGCACAACCCCCUCUGCCUGGGUCAGGUGACCAACAUCUCCACUACCAAUCUCUCUCUGGGUCAUUUGACCAGGGCACUGUGCCGCGGAAUCCUGGACAACAUCACGUCCAUGAUGCCUGCUGAACGUCUGCAGCAGGCGGGGGUCCGCAGGAUUGUGGGCAGUGGGAGCGCCAUCGCCCGCAAUGAGGUGCUAAGGCAGGAGGUGGAGAAGGCGUUUCCUCAGCCGGUGGUAUACGGACAAAACGCGGACUCUGCUGUCGGCGUGGCCAUGGUCCUCUGCGACCUUCUGUGAAAGUAAUCCACGGGGGAAUCCCUGUCAGUUUACACCAUUAAUUGUGAAUUUUUGCACAUCGGAGUACCUUAUCAAAUGGCAUCGCUUUGUUUAAGAAAAGAACAAUCAGAAAUGCUACAACAUGUUUUGCUCUCUGUAACUAAAAGCAAAUGAUGUGUUUGCCACGACGGGAAUCAACAGACUUGUGUAAAGUGUAUUUGUUUUCAGAUAACCUGAUACUACAAUAAGAGCAUAAUUUAUAGCAUAACACAGAGGUCCCAUUUUGCAAAGAUGCUCAUCAUUUAUCAGAAAGGAAUCUAGUGAAGAGCAAAUUUUUUCCACUGACGGCAACCAUAUUAGAGCGAUAUACAGUGCAACAACACAAUUUGCUCUAAAGGACUUAAAAGCAACAAAAAAAACCAUCCUGCUGUCGUUUAGCUUUACAGCUGUUUGGUUUCUGCACCAAGAGUUGAAUGCGACAAGUUCAUGCUCUUUCCCUGCGUUGCUGAAAGGCAUCUUAUAAAAUCCAUGAAGUAGAUCAAAAUCACAGCGCUGCUGGAAUGCUUUGAAGACCACAGAUUAAAGAUCACAGACUUAUGAUGCAUACUGUGACAGGAUCAGGGCGCUUCUUUAAAUAAAACCCACAGCUACUGCAUGGUUCAUCAGCAAGGCCAGUGAGAUGAGGUGUAGCAACUAUUAACACGUUAGCAUUCAAGCAGAAAAUAGGCUAUCAAGGAAAUUCCUUUUCCUCGUGUAUUACUGUAAUUUUCUUUCACUUCAGUCUGUCUCAGGGUUUCUAUGUCGUUGCAUGCAAGGAGCUGGUAUUCUUUAAACUUCCAUUUAGGCCUAUCUCAUUGAGUCUAAAAAUAUGUAGUAUUCAAAAGUCCCCACAUUAGCAUGAGCCUAACAUGGAGUAAGACACUUACGCUGUCAGGGGUCCUGUGUGGAAUGAAAGAAAACUUAAAGCUUUAGUGCGUACGUUUUUUUUAUAUUCGUCAAGGUCCGUUACAUUCAAGCCAUUGCCAAAUGAGUAGCUACAAAGCUGAUUAAGACUAUCAGCUCCACACAACUCUCUCUGGAUUUCUUAGUAUGACUGUGUUGAUGAUGACUUUCUCCUGCGCAGAAGCUUGAGUGAAGAUAAUGACCUCUUCUGAAGAGUCCACCAUGUUUUUUAAUCCUCCGUGUCCUCCUUGGCUACUAUCUUGUGUGUGUUUGGGUGUUUGUGUGUUUGUGUGUGUGUGUGUGUGUGUGUGUGGGUGGGGGGUUAUCAUGUGGACGCACACCACAGUGUUGUCAUUACUCAUGGGGGUUGACAGAAACUACGUACUACAGCUUUAAGUUAAAUAUAGUUAAGACUGAGGGUGAUACUCAAAAUAUACAAUAUUACACCGAUUCUGUGGACAAUAUGAAUGGACGAUAGGAUAUUUGCUGAUGUCACAAAGUCUGCCGAGAUACGAUUUUGGUUCAAUUCAAAUCAGGGUCCUGUGAUCGAUAUGAGACAAUAUCACACGAUCAUUUACAUUUAUAUCAACUCACUAAAAAACAAAAGAAAUAUUAUUUGACAGUUUUAUUACCAAACUCUUCCAGAAAUUUAAAUAUAAAGUGGGAAUUUAAAAAAUAAAGGCAUCUUAAAGGUGAUAUGUAUCGAUAGUUUCACUUUGUAUCAAUGAGAUUUUAAUGUUCAUCAUUAAAUCGAUAUAUAUCGAUCAGAUGCAGUUAAUAUGCAUCUCUAAUCACCAUUCAUUGGACAGUUGCAGUGUGGUAAACUAUCUUUGUGGUUGUUAGAAGCCUUGUUUUAUUAGCAAAGUGGAUACAUAUUCCUUUAAUCGCAUCUUCAUCAUGUCACUUUAUUGUAAACUCUGUACUUUUGUAUUCUGUCUGACUUUUCAGACUUUCUUUUCCAGCUGAUUGGUCAUUAGUGUAAAUGUUUUGAUCUGAUUCUCUGUGCUCAUUCACUGUCCCUGCUCCGUUUAUCCCAGCAGAUCCUCGGAUUCAAACAUGCUGCUUAUAUAUUCUUUAAGUGUUGUGCCUCCAGUCUCCCUGUUUCAGGAAGGAGAGCAGCUCUAAGUUCAAGGGAAAUGAUUUUUGUUGUUUUCUAUCAAGGUCUGGGUCUAGACUGAUGAUUACUGCCUGAUCUUAACCGUCUUUUGAUUUUAAGUCUUAAUCCCCAAUUUUGAACUUCUGCUACUCACAGAGUGGGUAAAUGUUUUUUGUCAGUUUCUAAUGUUAAUUGCCAACUUUAUUUUCAAGAAGACGAUCUUAAUUUUAUCAACCGUAGUUGAAUUUGUGGUGCCUCUGCUGGUGCUUUUUGUCGUGAUUGGAUGCUUGUUUUUAAUACAUAUUUUUUAUAUGUAUAUUUAACACCUAUUUGUUCUGAAGCUUCCAGAUAUGCAACUCAGUACUUCCAGAUUUUGUAUCAGAGGAGGGGUUGAGGCAGAUCAUGGCGAACCAGCAUUACAUGUGGAAUAUUUCUAGCAGCAAUGUUGUUAUUUUCUAUAACAAUGAGCAAAUGCAGUUAUGUUUCUACGAGUGGUGACUGUGACAAAUGCACAUGACAUCCCUGUUAUUAGUAUUGCCAUGUCAUUCAUUGUAAUUGGGCAACUUUCUGUUGGAAUGAUUACAGUUAUAUGUAGUUGUUUUUCUCUCACUGGGCCAUCAGUUCCCACCUGUUGUGAUGUGAC